AUGAAGAUAAGCCAUGAAAGAGGGAAAGCAGUGGAAGUGUACAACAACAUUGAUAUUUUCCAUGAUUAUAAUAGAACUUCAUCGAAUGUUCUAUGUAAGGAACAUCCGCAACUAUCUUCAGCUGGUGUAUGUGCUUAUUGUCUCAGAGAUCGUUUGAUCAAUUUGGUUUGCUCAGAUUGUGGUGUUCAGCGUUUCUCGUCUUGUUCAUGCGCUGGUCGCGGCGGUGAGGCAGCCGGCAUUGGGCGUGUCUCGUUCUUGAUUGAGAAUGAAAACAAGGAGCAAGUUCCGAAUGCCAAGCCUAGAAGGAGUACUAGUGCUGGAAACAAAUCAGAAGAGAUCUUCUUAAUCAAGAGAAGCAAUAGUGGCUGCGCUGAGAUCAAGAAAAAGAAUGGGUUUUGGGGGAUUGGAAGAUUGUUCGGGAAAAAAAGAGACAAAGAUUGUAAUGAUUGUGCUAAGAGUGAAGGUGGAGUUGAUGAGAAAAGCGAUUUGUUGGUCGUUGAUUGCACUGGCGUAUCAAGGUCAAGGUCUCUUUGUAGUUUCAGGGGUGGUGGGUUUUUUGGAUCGGAAGAUAGAGGCGAUUUGACGAAAUUUUCAGGUGCUAGGAGCUCCAUUUCAGCUGCUCGGAGUUCUGGUUUCAAUGGCGGUUUGGGUUUCGAUGCUGAAAGGAAAAGUGGGCUUAGUGAAUUAGGAGAACCGAGGAAAAGCGGUUCUGAUAGUGCAGCAGGUUUUAAAGCUACGAGAAAAGCUGGUGGUGGGGGUUUCAUGGAAGUUGAUGGUGGUGCAAACAGGCGGGUGCAAAGGUAUUUUAAUGGUGGGGAUGAUGAUUCAGGCUUCAUUGACUUAAAAUUUGGUUUUCAAGCAGAGACUAAGGGUGCUUUGUCAGCUUUUGGCAGCAUGAGAAAUGGUUGCUCCAUUGAAAAUGCAAGUUCAUGUCAGAUAACAGUGGCUGAAAGAGAGAUCAAACAAAGCAGAAAAAGUUUCAAGGGAUGGCGAUGGAUUUUCAAAUCACCAGAAAAAUGA